AUGAGUUGUGAGUGCAGGCAUGAAUAUUCCACAGCACACAGUGCAGGUCUUCUGGUAGGCCUUGUACUUCGCUAUGGCAUUCAUGUUCCAAGUGAUGUGAAUAAUGUGACCCUGAGCUGUGAAGUGCAGUCAAGUCCAACUACCUUGUUAGUCAACGUUAGUGGAAAAUUUUAUGAGUAUACGCUGAAAGGAGAGAUUAGCUCUCAUGAACUCAACAAUGUUCAAGAUAAUGAAAUGCUUAGAAAGGUUACUUUUGAUCCAGAAGUCUUUUUCAACAUACUGCUUCCUCCUAUCAUAUUUUAUGCAGGUUACAGUCUUAAAAGGAGACAUUUUUUCCGGAAUCUUGGGUCAAUCUUAGCAUAUGCCUUUCUUGGAACAGCAAUCUCUUGUUUCGUUAUUGGAUCCAUAAUGUAUGGCUGUGUAACCCUGAUGAAAGUAACUGGACAGCUCGCGGGAGACUUUUACUUUACAGAUUGCUUGCUGUUUGGUGCCAUUGUGUCAGCCACAGACCCAGUGACUGUUCUUGCCAUCUUCCACGAGCUUCAAGUUGAUGUUGAACUCUACGCUCUUCUCUUCGGUGAAAGUGUCCUCAAUGAUGCCGUUGCCAUAGUUCUGUCCUCCUCAAUAGUGGCAUACCAACCAGCUGGAGACAACAGCCACACCUUUGAUGUCACAGCCAUGUUCAAAUCUAUUGGAAUCUUCCUUGGGAUCUUCAGUGGAUCUUUUGCAAUGGGUGCUGCUACAGGAGUGGUGACAGCUUUAAUAUCCUUUUAUUAUAUUUAUUUUUUCCUAUUAACCUACUGA